GGUUUCGCAGGCACCAAGUCAAGCGCACUCAUCCUGUGACGCCCGCCAAAGCCGACGCCGCUGCAGUGCUACUCCGGGGUAGGACCAUGCAUUCGAGAAAGCUGGCCAGUGUUCGGUCCCAUGCGCACGCACCACGUUGGCAACAUGGAGCCUGCGUAACAUUCCUGCUGGCAGCGACGGUGGCGUGCCUGAUCCUAUCGAGCUUGGCGCAACCUGCGUACGCGCAGGAGGACGAAAAUUCACUAGACUACUCCGUCUUCGCUGGCUCACCACCGGAGCCCUCUCAGUGUCCCGGCGGCGCUGGCUGCGGAGACGUCGUCCUCGACUCUGGUCGAGAUUAUGGUGCCCCCUCGGCUGAGGUCGUGGCACCUUCGUCAGACGACGCCGGAACAGGGUCGACGUCGGAUGGUGGCCAGGAGGGAGUCCCGAUGAGUCCGGAGGCCGAGACGACAACGACGGUGGAACCGAGUUCCAACUCCGAGUCCUGGUCGCCCACCGUCGUGGGACCCAAACCACCACAGACUGUGGGAGGAGGAGGCGCACCGGCGGUCCCUGUGGAGUACACCAUCCGAGCGGGAAAGACAAACAUCACGGUCAACGGCACCCGGACUGCUCACAGGGGCGCAGUGCAGUGCGGCCCAUCGUGCCGGUGUAGCAGCAGCGGGCCGCACGAAGGCGGCAGCGAAUCGGCCCGCUGCCCCGAGGGCGUGAGCCUGGUGCGUGACGGCUGCAAUUGCUGCAGCAUCUGUGCACGACAGCAAGGAGACACCUGCGACGCCGUUCAGCUGUGCGAUGCCCGCCGGCAGCUGCACUGCGUUUACCCCGACAGAAACGCCUCGGUCGGCACAUGCAAGGUGGUGCAGGGCCAAUCGUGCCAAGUGGAAGGCCUUGGCCAGUACAAGGACGGUGCCACCUUCAAGCUGGACUGCCGCACCCAGUGCUCGUGCCAGAACGGCACCUACGGCUGCGUCUCGCUCUGUCCCCACGAAGGAGUGCGCCCGUCGGCUGAAUGCCGCAACGCCAGGCUCGUCCGGCUGCGCGGAAACUGCUGUCGCGAGUGGCUGUGCGACAACGACAUGAUGAAGCAGCCGCUGGCUCUCGCCCGCGCCUCGUGCGAGCGGCACGCGGGUGACUGGAGCCCCUGCUCGGCCACGUGCGGCGUGGGGACGUCCCUUCGAAUGGUCACGGACUUCCACCUGGGCCAGUGCCGCAGUCGCAACGAGACGCGCAUCUGCAACGUGAGACCAUGCAGUGGCCGGGACGCUGCCGGAAUGGCCGGUGCCUCGGGAUCACGCCACAGGACCAGGAGGAACCACUUAUGCCGUGCCACCGUCCGGGCCUCGUGCGCCGCGCCGCUGACAGACGGCGCCAACUGCACCUCGGUGACGCCGCAGACGCCCAAGUACUGCGGCAGCUGCCCGGGACGCCGGUGCUGUUUUCCGGUGCUCACCACGACCACCACGCUGCCCUUCCACUGCUUCGAAGACGGAGACUGGGUGACGCGCCACAAGGACGUCAUGACCAUCGUGCGCUGCCGUUGCAAGCCCAAGUGCUAGCGAACGCAUCGGCGCCAUCUCCCCCAUUCCCUCCUUCAGCUGCCCCUGGAAUACACGUCGCUUGUCCUCAGUGCGUCGCCAGGAGGAAAGCCGCACUUCGGUGACUGUCCCCCAAGCAAGCCCAAGUGCUGGCGCACCCAGGCGCCCCUUGCACUCACAUCUCCUUCCCUCACGACGAGCGCCAUUUUCUUUGGGGCACUUCUAUCUUGUUAUCCUGCGCCCGGGUGGGCGGGGACUCCUCGUGUGAACGCGAAUAAAGAGCCUCGUGUCGUCAACUGCUAUCGGAACAGUGAUCAGCAGUGCGGCCAACAACUGUAAACACCGAACUUUAGCACGGACAGUGUUGGUUGGCGCUUUUGUUAUGUCGCACCGUCAUCGCAGACGCACUGCCCUCAGCUGCUUUGUCGACGCCCUGCGAAUAGUGUCAGUGGACUGCACAAUGCUAGAGUGUUUGGUGCACGUGUGAAUGUGGUGAACGUUUCAAACGAUACCACUGGCGGUAUACGCAUGCUGGUCAGCUUACGAAAGCGUCCCGCCACACGCGCACUGCCUCGAAUUUGACGACGCACUCAGUGAAAGUUGCGCUAUACGUCUGAACAAAAACAACGGACAUAUCGCACCGGUUUUAUUUUCUGCGCCUCUGGCAAGUAUAACGUGUGUGCUGCGAUACUUAUCAAAUAUCAACGAAGGACAGGUUCCUGAUCCUUCGAAAGGACGCAUUACUAGUCAUCCGCUCUUAUGGGUCAGCCGCGCCUCGUUAAAACCUCUGACGCGUGUGAGCGAAUCAGUGCUUCUUUAUUUUUCUGAUCCGGAGGCUGAACCUGUGGCACAGGAACCAUAACAUUUAGACGGACGGCUGCUUUAACACGACAUUUUCGGCAAGUGUUGAAAGCCACUGUACUCGCUUAAACACUGUUCGUAAUUCUCAACUGUGAGUGCAGAAAGUUGGCGAAAAACACUGUGUUGGCGCGUAUUGGUGAUUCGUGGAAGCUCUUUCGCCAAAGGCUGUUUCUCAAGCGGCAGUUCAAGAAGCAAGGUGAUGGAACACAAAAUGCGUGACAUGCCUAAAGUAUGUGACUGCGUGACGUGGCUUGUAAAUGCCAGUACUGUAUAACGUACCAUAUAGAAGGUGUAGAGCCUGGCGAAUGCUUCUGAGAACUUAUGCCUACCACAAGCGCUUCGACUUUACGAAAGCGCGAUCCUCUAUAUAAUACACCAUAUUUCAGCGGGAAACUGAUGCUGAAAAACACACGGAAGCAUCAGUUUUCCCCAUUACUUGUUGACGUGAAGUUGAUACGUGACGACGGCAAACGAAAUACCGAGGACCAUGUAAUAUCAUUACGCUGUGAGAAAAAACGUUCUUGUUCCUUACAACGUUAAGGUAGUGGCGUUAUUUUGCUGUUGAAUUUGAAAUCGCAUCUUUUUUUUUUUGAAUAAAAAAAGAGAGUAGUAGAUUGGUAUUACGCGAAGCCGCACGUCGGUUCAAUAAAAACGAUGAUAU